UUCACUUUCCGAGUAAUGCAAAUGCAGCGCCCUGCAAACUUUAUGAACUGAGAUUUGAACAAGCGAACAAGAGGUUUCGCUCCGCCCGUUGAUUUGCUCUUUUUCGCGGCCUAACAAACGAUAAUGGUAGACUAGUUAUAGCAACGCACUGAGCGAAGGCACACACGCUGCCGGUCGGCACAUGACCCGCAAACUUGCAAAAUGGACCAGUACUGGAACCAGGUCUACCAGUAUUACAGACGACUUGGCCAUGCUGAUGCCAACGCGCGGGCGCUCACCGCCCAGGCACUUCAGCGUGCUGGUCAUGCUGCGACAAGUGUUCAGCCAGCGCCCACUCCUGCGCCUGCGCCUGCUGCUGAGAGGCAGCCGGUGACUACUGGAGCAGGUGCCUCGAGAAACAGCAACUACACGGCGGCUGCCUUGGCGGCAGCUGCGGUCUUCGCGGCAGCUCAGCGCCAGGUGACAGGUGCUGUGCCGGGCUCUGGGGGCCCAGCCGCGGCCGCAGCAGCCCGGCAAGCCGUGCCGGCGUCGGCCUUCGCCAACCGGGUGGCAGGAGCAGCAGCUGCGGCAGCACCGGCGCUUGCAGGAGCUCAGCAGGCGGGCGCGGCUGCAAGCGCCUACGCAACCCAACAGGCGGAAGCUGCGGCACGGCUGGUGCGGAUGCAGCAAGAGCAAGCCGAACACGCACGACGGGAGUGGGAAGCACGGCAACGGCAACUGCGGGAGCGGGAGCAAGAGGCACAGCAGCAUCAGGAAGCCGCGCAGGUGCAUGAGGAGGGAAAUGCGGACGACGAGGGCGGUGACGUGGACAUUUAUGAGCAGUACCAGCCGGCCAAGGUACUCGAGGGGCCGCCGCACCCGGACCCCAUCGUGGAGACGGCCUCGCUGGCGUCCGUGACGCCGCCCGACAUCACCUACAGCCACCACCUGCAGGACAACCUGGCCCGGGCCGAGCUGUCCAACGCGCAGCUGGAGACGGUGCUGUACGCCUUCCAGCGCUUCGGGAGGAGGCUGCCCGAUGGCUCGCGCGCGGGCUUCUUUCUGGGUGACGGCGCGGGUGUGGGCAAGGGUCGACAGAUCGCAGCGGUGAUUAAAGAGUUCUGGGCCACGGGGGGGCGGCGGGUGCUGUGGGUGUCCACGUCGAACGACCUGCGCUACGACGCCCGCCGAGACCUGGCUGAUCUAGGUGUGGCUGAGGACCACAUACCCGUGUACCCUCCACGCAAGGACAACGUGCCCUCCGGUUCUCUGGCCGCUGCCUACCCGGGCGGGGGCGUGCUGUUCGUCACUUACUCGCUACUGGUGUCCAAGGGCUCUUACAAGCCGCCGCCGGGGCCACGAGCCCGGGGCGGUGCGCGCAGCGGCGCUGCCAGCGGCAGUGUGGGCGGCCGCGGGCGCGGCCGCGGGCGGCGCGCCGGCGGCAAUCCAGGCGCGGCGGCCGCAGCGGCCGCCACUGCGGACGAGAUGGGACAAGCGGCAUCCGCACUGGAGCUGAAGCGGGCCGAGGUGCGGCGGCUGUUCGGCGCGGGCAGCCGCCUGCACCAGAUCGUCGGCUGGCUGGGCGGCGAGGGCGGCGGAGGCGACUGCCUGAUUAUUCUGGAUGAGUGCCACAAGGCCAAGAACCUGCUGGACGCGGCCGGGAACUCCAGCCAGACUGGGCUGGCGGUGGAGGCGCUUCAGGACCAGCUGCCCAACGCCCGCGUACUGUACAGCUCCGCGACUGGGGCCAGCGAGCCGGACAACCUGCGGUACAUGGUGCGGCUGGGUGCGUUCGGCUACCCGCACAUCAGCGACAUGAUCAACGCGCUCAAGAGGUCUGGUCUGGGCGCGCUGGAGAUGUUCUGCAUGGGGCUCAAGGCCACUGGCACCUACGUCAGCCGCACCCUCAGCUACAAGGGCGCCGAGUUCAUCACCGAGGAGCUGGAGCCAGACCCCGUGUUCAGGGUCAUGUACGACCGCAGCUGCCGGCUGUGGGGGCUGCUUUGGAACGUGAUGCGCCAGCUGCCGCGCGCCGCCGCCAAGAAUCGCGGCGGCCGCGACUCCAAGGCCGCGCUGUUCUGGUCCGCGCACCAGCGCUUCUACAGGCAGAUGCUCAUAGCCAGCAAGGUGAAGCGCUGCGCCGAGUUGGCGGCUGAUGCGCUCCGGCGCGGCAUGUGUGUGGUGGUGGGGCUGCAGUCCACGGGGGAGGCCAACCUGGCGGCGGCGCGCGAGGUGCUGGCCACGGGGCUGGGCGAGGGCGGCGACGGCGGCGCGGGUGACGGAGAGGACUUCGUGUCAGCGCCCAAGAUGAUCAUGCACAACUUUAUUAGUCAGUGGCUGUUCCACUUCACGGUGCCGGUGGGCACCCUCAUGGACAAGCGCAGCAUGCAGAAACUUCAGGCUGAGAUCUAUCGCGUGUGUGUGGAGUGGCGGCAGCUGCCUUCCUGCGAGGAGGAGGCGAUGAAGAUGGUCAAGCAGGAGAAGCGGCUGGCCGCAAUGGAGGCCGCCCGGCUUGUCCGCGAGCAGCGCACCGCCGCAGCCGCCGCGGCCGCCGCCGGCACCUCGCCCACUGCCGCCGCCGUGGGGGUGGGUGCAGGCACGGCCGAGGCGGCCACGUCCGCCUACGGCGCGGCGCGGCGACUGGGGCGACGGCCGCGGUACGACGAGGACGAGGCGGCCGAAAGGGAGGCGGAGACGGCUCCGGCCCGGAUGCAGGAGCAGGCGCCUGACGCCAUGGAUGUAGACGAUCAGGGAGGCGGCGUGGUGGCAGCGGCACGGGCCGGCAGCGGGGAUGUGGAGAUGGCAGACGUCGGCGCAACUGAUGGCAUUGGCACGCCCGCUAGCGAUGUAGCCGAGGACACGGGUGCUGGUGCUGCCGCUGGCGGCGCUGCCGGUCGGAAACCGCAGCCGCCAGCGCACGAGUCUGACGCGGACGAUGUGGUCAUGGAGGGCGAGCGCUCCCUGGACCAAGUGCUGGCGGAACGCCGGCGCCUGGCCAUCCUGGCCGGAGACCUCAUUGACCUGGCCGAUGACACCGAUGACGAGGCGGCAGCAGGGGCUGGUGGAGCCGGGGGGGCAGCCGCUGGCGCCGGAGCAUACGGCUCAGCCGGAGCAGCGGGCGGCGCGGUGCAGAGCAUGCGCGCACAGCGAGAUGCAGAGUGGCGGCGGCUGCUGGAGCAGGCGGACGCGGAGGAAAUGGCUGCGGCGGCGGCGGCGGAGACGCGGCGGCAGGAGGAGCGCCGGGCCAAGCUGCAGACCGCGCUGGCUGAGGCUCGCUCGCUGCUGGAGGACCUGCAGAAGCAGGUGAAGGAGCUGGAGGCCGCAGAGGAGACGGCAGCAGCCGGCGCCAACUCGCGUGGUGGCUUGCCCGCCCCUGCAACUGCUGUUGCAGCUGGCACGGCAGCAGCAGCAGCACAAGUGGCGGCGGGAGGCGCGGGGCGGGGCAAGGCUGACAAGGAGGGAGGCGGCAAGCCAGGCAGCCGUGGCGGCAGCACAAUUGAUGGCGAGGCGCACCUGGAAGAUGAUGUGAGCGAUGGGGAUGAGGACAAGAAGGAGGAGGCGCGUCACGUGCGAGCCCGGCGCGAGACCGGCGGCGCGGCGGGUCCCAGCGGAAGAGGUGCCAAGACCGCGCCAGCGAAGGGCCGCAGGCGCGGCGCCGCCGUGGUCGAUGAAGACGAGGACGAGGAUACGGAGCUGGGUGCCACCAAAGUCGAGGGAAAUCCCGCCUCAAAGUCGGCCGCCUCCAAGAAACCAGCGCCCAAGGCCAUCGGUGCCAAGGUUGCAUCCAAGAGCAAGAUGGGCAACGUAGCGAUGACGGCCUCAACCGACUCAACCGUGUAUGCAGAGGGCGCUGACCAGGCCCCAGCGGCCGACGGAGCCCUGCGGCCGCGCCGUGCGGCGCAGAUGGCGGCGGCUCGCAUUGACGCCAUCAACCGUGGUGAGCCGAUUCCGCCGAAGCCGCCACGAGGGCCAUCAGCGCCUCCGGCCAAGGCGGGUGCGGCUGUGAAGUUGGAGGCAGGGGCAUUGAAGCGGGCCGCAAAGCCUGCUGCUGACGGUGCUGCUGCGGGCCCGGCGGCUGAGGCGGAGUCGGACUCGGUUAUCAUCAUUGAUGACAGCUCAGAGGACGAGGACGCGGGCACGGGCGCCGGGUCCGGCAUGCCCCCAGCAGCCGCUGCAGGCCUGCAGCACGAGCAGCAGCCAUCUGGACGGGCGGUGGCGCAGGGAGCCCCUGCCGCCGCUGAACUGGCAGCUGCCGGGGACGGCGCUGCAGCUGAUGCUGCUGGCGAUGGCGACCAAGACGAUGACGUGAGCAGCAUCGGUGAAGAAAUCUCCAACCCCGACGAGUCCGAGUACCAGCCCGCCACAGAGCUGAAGGAAGACGCCGAGCAGCCACCGCCUCCGCAGGCGGAGCCAGGGCAGCCAGGGCCACAGGGGGCGCAGGAGCAGCAGCCAGGGGGCGGUGCGCGGGCGGCGCCGGAUACGGCGCGGCAGGCCGAGGCAGCAGCGCAGGCGAAGACGUCGGAAAAGGCGCGGAGGCGCGACAAGGCCGAGGAGGAGGCGGAAGGCGAAGGCGCAGACGAAGACGACGGUGCCGAGGCCUCGGAGGCGGGAACGGCAGCUGAGGCUGGUGAUGACUGUGCAGAUGAAGAUGAGGACGAGGAUGAGGGCUACGACGACACGCUUUGCGCGCGAUGCGGCGGCGGUGAUGACCCCGCCAGCAUCCUGCUGUGCGACACGUGUGAUGCGGGCUACCACAUGGCCUGCCUGGACCCGCCACUGGAGGAAAUUCCGGACGAUGACUGGCACUGCCCCAAGUGCACUGCCUCAGAUGUGGCCCAGGCGGCCGCUGCAGGAGCUGCUGCGGCAGCCGCACCAGCAGCGGCCCCAUCCACCUCCGCUGGCGUGAAGCGCAAGGCGGGCGACGGGGGGGAGCAGGCCGCGACAGGGCUGGCGGCUGCAGCCGGAACAGCGGGGCCAGUCCAGCAGGGCCCGCUUCAGGACGGUGACUCCAAAGAGGAGGGUGGCGCCGGCGCAAAUCAAGCCCGCCAACCAAAGCGCCUAAAGACGGUACUGGAGUCCUUCGCCGCAGCCACCGGCGCCCGGGCAAACGGUGAGCCUAGCAGCGGCAAGUCGGCGGCGGCGGGUGGUGGCAGGCGGCAGGCUUCUGCGAUGGAGUUGAACACGGAAGCGGAUGGGGGCGCGAAGGAGGAUGAGGAGGGGUUGGAGUGCCGCACCAGCAGCCACGCCACAGCGAGUGGGGAGGAGCAGGAGGAGGCGGGGGCAUUGCCACCUCGCGGCAAGCGCGGUGGGCGGCUGACGAAAGGCGCCGUGCAAGUAAGAGUGAGAGGCGGUGCCGGCGCCAGUGCUGGUGGUUGCGCGAGAGGUUUGCGCGCCGGGAUGACCGGCAAGGGGAGAGGGCAGUGGCGCGGCACCAGUGCGUCGGCGCGGCGGGGGCGUGCCGGCACGCCGUCUGCGGACGGCGAGGAGGCGAGCGAGGCUGAAGCCAGCUCUGCUGCGGGCGAGGGCAAGGAUGAGGACGAGGACGCUGCUGCGGCGGCCAAGGGCGGCGCACCCGCUGGCCCCACUGCGAACCUGGCCGUGGGUAAGAUUCGCAUGCAGCUGCGCAUAGUGCGGCAGCGGCUGAAGGACGCGGCGACUCGCGCCGCCGCCGCGGAGCGCGACCUGGAGCAUUUCACCCGUGCGCUUGCGGCAGCCGCAGCUGCGGCAGCGAACGGUGGCCGCCGUGGCCGCACCCGCAGCCGCAGCGUCACCGCGGACGACGAGGAGGAGAGCUCGGAAGAAGAGGAGGAGCAGGUGGAUGAGGGCAAGGACAAGGCGAAUGGGAGAAAGCGGGCAGCCAAGCACGCCCGCGGGGGCAAGGCGAAGGCCACGGGGAGAGGGCGGGGCAAGAAGCAGGCGGCCGCUGGCAGCAUCAACAGCAGUAGCAGCGCCUCUGAUGAAGACGAUGACGGCUCCGAGGAGGAGGUUUCGGAGUCGGAGUCGGAGGCAGCCAGCAGCAGCAGCAGUGGCAGCAGCAGCAGCAGCAGUGGCAGCAGCAGCUCCGAGGAGGAGGAUGCGGCUAGUGAUGAGGACGCGGCAGCGGCUGAGGCCCAGCGCUUGGCCCGCCAGCCCGACCCAACCAAGUACCGUCACGCCGCGAAAGCCAAGCCGUUGGGGAAGCUGCCUGGAAGCUGGGCCGCGCCGGGUGGCGGCGGUGACGACAGCGGAGCUGCUGCCGCUGAAGGCGGAGGCAGCCGCUGCAAAGGCCAGAGCAAAAAGGUCGCCGGCGGCAAGGGCAAGGGCAAGACGCAAGGUGUGAAGGGCAACGUUCGCCACCAGAAGCGGCGUACGGCAGGCGCUGGCGAUAGCAGCGGCCCUGAUGAUGAUGACUCUGACGAGGGCUCCUCCGACUCUGAUGACGACUCGGACGACAGCAGCGUGUCGCUGGUGACGGAGGGCGGGGAGGAAGGCGGCGGUGAGGGCGAGGCUGACCACAGUGACGGCGGCGUAGAGCUGAUUGACGAGGAGGACGAGCGCAUGCGGGAGCGGCGGCGCACGCGGGGCCGUGGCGGUCCAGGUGGGGAAGCAGGAGGUCAGGAGGCGGGCGGCGCGGCACUGCCGCCGGAGCUGCGCAAGUGCCGGGCCAUGCUGCUGCGGCUGCUGGAUGCGCAGGAGCUUCCUCUGAACCCUCUGGACCAGCUGCUGGAGCUGCUGGGCGGCCCCGAGGCUGUGGCGGAGAUGACGGGGCGCAAGGUGGCGCAGGUCCGAGACGAGGAGACCGGCCGCGUGGUGUGCGUGCAACGCCGCGACGACGAGGCCCAGAAGAUGGUUAACAUGGCGGAGAAGGAAGACUUCAUGAGCGGCCGCAAGCUGGUGGCGGUGAUCAGCGACGCGGCGUCCACCGGCAUCAGUCUGCAGGCGGACCGCAGGGUGGCGAACCAGCGGCGGCGCUUCCACGUUACGCUGGAACUCCCCUGGUCGGCGGACAAGGCCAUCCAACAGUUCGGGCGCUCACACCGCUCCAACCAGGCAUCGGCGCCGGAGUACUGCUUGCUGGUCACCAAGUGCGGCGGCGAAUACAGGUUUGCGGGCGCAGUGGCCAAGCGCCUCACGUCCCUGGGCGCGCUGCUGCGGGGCGACCGCCGCGCGCUGGGCGCCAGCUCCGACCUCAAGCCCUACGACGUCGACAACAGAUACGGCGAGGCGGCUGUGCAGCGGGUACUGGAGUGCGUGGCCAGCGGGGUGCACACCGUGGCGGGAAGCAAGCCUGGCGAGCUGCCUUCCGAGCUGCUGCCCCCAGACGUGGCCGCCACGCCGCCGGGCAGCGCGGCCCGUCAGCGCGCCUUCCUGGCCCACAUGCAGCGCUGCCUGCGGAGCAUGGGACUGCUGGCAGCCACCAGCCUCCCCGGCGGUCACGUGGCGUACAGCGUGGAGCGCAAGGACCAGGCCACGGGCGUCCCCAAGUUCCUGAACCGGCUGCUGGGCUUGCCGCUGCGGGACCAGGAGCUGCUGUUCGGGUACUUCCUGGGCAUCAUGGACUCGCUGGUCAAGCAGGCCCGUUCCGCCGGCGACUACGACGAGGCCAUUGUGAACAUCGGGCACAGCGCCGUCAAGGUGGUGGCGCAGCACCAGGUGCACGUGGACACGCCGUCAGGCGCCACCACGCACUACAUGGAGUUAGAUGUGGACGACGGGCUGUCGUGGCCGGCGGCGUGUGCGGCGCUGGCGGCGGCGCGGGAAGACAUGGCAGCGGAGCGGGCGCCUGCGCGCAUCGUGAACAAGGUGGGUUUCUACGUGGCGCGCCGGAACGCCAACGUGGGCGGCACCGGGCACCCGCUGGUGGUGCUGGCCACCGCCAUGCGCCAGACCGUGCUGGGCAGCAGGCUGGCGCAGCGCUUCAGGAUCCAGCGCCCUAACCAGGUGAAGGGCUACAUGUUCACGCUGCACGAGCUGGAGGACAAGUACCGCAAGGUGGACGAGCAGACCGCGGAGCUGCACUGGGCCUUCUGGUACGCCUACCUGGACACCGGCUGCCUGCACGGCGGCGAGUGCGUGCGCCGCAAGCGGGACGGCCGAUGCAACUACGGCUCUCGGUUCUACCGGCUGCAUCUGGUCACCGGCGCGGUGCUACCGGUGCUGCGCAAGUUGUUCGACACCGUGCUGCGCGGCGGCGGUGGUGGCGGGCCCAACAGCAAGAAGCAGGCGCCGCGGGUGGUGCGCGCAACCAUCCGUGAGGAGCCGGCGGACCAGCGCGCGGGGCAGCAGCAUGGGGCGGUGGCGGCGGGCGGUCAGCUGCUGCUGGAGGGGCCGGAGGCGGAAGCAGCUGCUGGGGACAAGGACGGGAAGGAGGACGGCAGUGACGAGGUGGAGGAGGUGGUGGCCCCGGUGAAGCGCGAGGUAGAGCGCGCCCGUGCACGCAAGGGCCGGGCGCCCAGACCGGCCGCAGGCUCUGCCACAGCAACCGAAGCAGCCGCAGGCAGCAGUGCCGGCGCUGGGCCAAGUGCUAGCUGGGCUAACGGGACGCCAGGGCGCGGCGCCGGUAGCAUCCAGGGAGCUGGCACAAGUGCAGGUAGUCCAGGUCUGGCCGGGGCGGAUGCUGGCAGUGCGGCCGGGGUGGCAGGGGCUGCAGCGGUGCCGGGCGGCCACGCUCAUGCAGGGGUUGCGGGCGAGGGCACUCAAGACUCGCACACGCGCGUGGUGGUAGGGCUGAGCCUAACGGAGCGGGAUGCGGAGCAGUUCCUGCAGGCGGUCGUCAUGUGAGCUGGGUAGGGCGCGGCCUUGUGCGUGUUUGGGACGAGGUCAAAACGGGUUGAUGUGUUUGCUGGCGAGCGAGGGGACCAGCACCUGGAUUGGAAGGUUGCCGGUUGCCCGCACACGGGUAUGGCGCACACGGGUAUGACGCCGGCCUGGAGUGGGGCAAAAUCGUGUCCACACAUGUUUUUCCGCGGGACUGUGUGUGAGUUUGGCGGAGGGACCGCAGCAGCCGCAAGCCUCUGCUACUGCACCCCCAUUGCUCCGGCACAGUCAGCCGGCGUCCCAUCAACGGCAACUUGUAAGCUGCCUCUCCC